GACCAAUCAGCUUGCGGAAUCGAUUGACCUACAGUAUGUCCUUCGUUGAAGGUUAUUGGAGUUCGUGAGCCGGUAUUCGGAUCUGUGUAGUAAAAUUUGGCUUUUGGUACUCCUACAAUUUCCUUGUAAAUUAUCUACAAACAUGCCUCUCCUCAAGUGCUUGGCUCGUAGAAUUUUCGACUCUCGUGGAAAUCCUACAAUAGAGGUUGACUUGGUGACAGAUCUUGGUUUAUUCAGAGCAGCAGUUCCAUCUGGUGCAAGUACUGGGAUUCAUGAGGCUCUAGAACUCAGGGAUAAUGACAAAAAGCAUUAUGUUGGAAAAGAUGUCUCCAAGGCAAUUAGCAAUGUUAAUACAAUCAUUGUUCCAGAACUUCUGAAACAGAAUUUUGAAGCAACUCAGCAGACCGAGAUUGACGAUUUUAUGCUGAAGCUUGAUGGCACACCAAACAAGUCGAAACUGGGUGCAAAUGCAAUUCUUGGGGUCUCACUGGCUGUGUGUAAAGCAGGAGCAGCCAAGAAGGGUGUACCACUUUACAAGCACAUUGCUGAUUUAGCAGGAGUUAAAGAACUGGUUUUGCCAGUCCCUGCAUUUAAUGUCAUCAAUGGUGGCUCUCAUGCGGGCAACAAGCUGGCAAUGCAGGAGUUCAUGAUUUUGCCAACUGGUGCUGGCACUUUCACUGAAGCCAUGAAGAUUGGUUCUGAAGUAUACCACCACUUGAAGAAAGUGAUCAAGGACAAGUUUGGCUUGGAUGCUACAGCUGUUGGUGAUGAAGGUGGUUUUGCUCCCAACAUUCAAAAUAACAAAGAGGGUCUUCAGCUAAUAAAAGAUGCCAUUGACCAGGCAGGUUAUACUGGCAAAGUAGAAAUUGGUAUGGAUGUUGCUGCAUCUGAGUUUUUCAGAAAAGGGAAAUAUGACUUGGAUUUCAAGAACCCCAACACGGAUGAAAGCAAGUGGAUUGAUGGACAAGAGCUGACAAACCUCUACCUAGAAUUUAUCAAAGAUUUCCCUGUUGUGUCUAUUGAAGAUCCAUUUGAUCAAGACCAUUGGGAUGCAUGGACUAAUAUCACUGCUACUACAAAUAUUCAGAUAGUUGGUGAUGACUUAACGGUAACAAAUCCUUCAAGAAUUCAGACGGCCAUUGACAAGAAGGCUUGCAACUGUCUGUUAUUGAAAGUGAAUCAGAUUGGGUCAGUGACAGAAUCAGUCAAGGCCCACAAUUUGGCAAAGUCAAAUGGUUGGGGUACCAUGGUGUCUCAUCGUUCUGGUGAAACAGAAGAUACCUUCAUUGCAGAUCUGGUUGUUGGACUCUCCACUGGACAGAUCAAAACUGGUGCUCCAUGCCGGUCUGAGAGACUGGCAAAGUACAACCAGAUCUUGCGCAUAGAAGAGGAACUUGGAGCCAAUGCCAAGUAUGCUGGCAAGAACUUCCGCAGACCUAUCUAAGUGUUCACUGAGUAGAACAACAUCUGGUAGCCCUGGGUCAAAUAAAACAUUCUGAUCAACGAUAAAUACCUUAGACAUAUAAAUAUCUCAUGCAUUAUGGUUUUUUUUAUUGCUCGAGGGGUGGGACUAAGUCCGUUGUACUGCUGCCACUUCUGGCCUAUUGUACCAGCCCC